CAACAAGCCUUCGCGCAUUUUCCCUCGAAAUAAGCCUCCGCGUACGCUAUGAACGAAGUUAAGGAGAAGUUUUUGCAGAAGUGUACCUGUGUCAGUUCACCGAGUGUUGUUACGUGUUAAAUUUUAGGAACUUUAUUUGUACCGACUUUAACAACGCAAACAGCGGAAGAGUUUGCCAAAGUUAGCCGCAAAGCUAAAACAACUGGCUGGGAAAGCUAAAAACAACUGUAGCUAGCGGCAUAUGUUAUGUUAGUCAGGUAACCUCUUUUUUUAGUGAAGGCUUCAUCAUGUGUCCUGAUAUCUUUCGUCAUAUGUGAAUCAAUCUUAAAAUAUGCAAGACCAUGGUCGUACUAAGAGAGGGGAUGUGUCCUGGACUGGAUGAAGACUUAUUACGCGACCUUCGUGCUGCUGAUAUUAAAACAGUGGAGGACCUGGUUUCAUCAGACAUUGAGGGCCUUGCUCAGAAAUGUUCGGUAUCCUAUAAGGCUCUGUUUGCCAUCCGCCGAGUGCUGCUAGCCCAACACACAGCAUUUCCUGUGUCAGGUGCUGAUCUGUAUGAGGAGCUAUUGAGCUCAACAGCCAUCCUCUCCACUGGAAACCCCAGCUUAGAUAAACUGCUGGAUUCGGGCUUGUAUACGGGAGAGAUAACAGAGCUGUCGGGAGGCCCGGGAAGUGGCAAAUCUCAGGUGUGCUUCGGUGUUGCAGUGCACAUUUCUUACCAGCUGAAACAGAGUGUGAUCUAUAUCGAUACAACAGGAGGGCUGGCUGCCAGCCGCUUGCUUCAGAUGCUGCAGGCUGAAACCAGCAACACAGAAGAGCAGAUGGAAGCUCUUCAGAGGAUCCACGUCUUCCGUUUAUUUGACGUUUACGCUCUGCUCGGCUGUCUGUACAGUCUUCGCAGUGGUGGGCUUCAGCAGGCGUCUGUUGGCGGCGGCUCUGUCAAGGCGGUGAUUGUGGACUCUGUGUCAGCUGUUAUCUCGCCUCUACUGGGAGGCAAACAGAAUGAAGGCAUGUCCUUGAUGAUACAAGUGGCAGGAGUUCUUAAGACGAUGGCAAAGGACUUCAACGUUGCUGCUUUGGUAACAAACCAUGUAACAAGAAGUGGCAGCGGGGAAGUGCAGCCCGGCCUCGGCGUUUCGUGGAGUCACAUCCCGAGAACCAGGAUCCUGCUGGAGCGAGUAGAGAAGGCGGUGGCUGUCAGCCGGCCCAGUCUGCGCUCUGCAAAGCUGAUCAAGUCUUCCAGACAGCCUUGUCACAUCAAAGAGGAAUUUGACUUGCAGUGGUGGAGUCGCUCAGAAAAAGGGUCCUCGGGAAAGAGGAAACUGGAUGAGACGGAUUCCUGAUGAGAGCAGCCGUAAUCCUCUGCAUAAAUGUCACACCAAAGGGAGCUACGACACGCCUCUUGCGGAUACAUUCCCAGAUCCAGCUGGGGGUCACUUUCUGAGCCUGGCUCUGUUCUUCGGGUUCGGCCAGAGUGUGCGUGGCGGAGGCGGCGUCGUAAUCUGGCACGAGGUCCCCGUC